GGAAUCUCUAUAACAGUCAAUGGAGUAACUGUAACAAUUUUAUGUACCACAGCUUCACGGACCGGAAAAUUUCGCAUUGACAAGUCUCCGGAAAAUGUCAUCGACGAUUGUUUAUCAACGGAGCGUGUCAGCAGAGGUCCAGGAACGAAAGGCGGAGCAGAUAGCAAUCGCUUAGGAGC